AUGGAACGCGUGAAGGAGGCGAGCUUUGAGGAGAGGCACAAGAUGGAGAAGGCGUACAAGGAACGCCUCAAGACGAUGGACGGAAAGCUGCGGGAAGUCAGGGAGAAGGAGCGGCGGAUCGCGCAGAUGGAGCGGCUUCAAGCAAGGUCGCUGGAGAAGUGCAGCCGCCUACAGUCCGACAUCCUCUCCAUCAAGCAGCAGAAGGUGCAGAAGCUGGAGGCGCUGCAAGCAAAGCAGGCCGCGGUUCUGCGCCGCAAGACCGAGGAGGCAGAAGCCGCGCGCCGCCGCCUCAAGGACAUAAUGGACGUGCACCGGGCGUCGAACGAGAAGAGGGAACGCGCGGCGUCGAUGUCCAAGUCCGGCUCCGGCGUGGAGUGCCAACCCAAUGCGGCCGCUCCUCUGCUGCGCGACGAAAAGUCCCGCCGCGACUGGAUCGAGCACGAGCUCGACAUGUGCUGCCAGUCAUUCGAGCUGGCGAGGGUGCUGGAGGGAGAGAAGGCGCAGAGGGGGGAGGUGGCAAAGAAACUGGCGGACCUAAACAGGCGCCUGGCGCAUGCCAGCGCCGUCGGAGACGAGUCAGCCGCGGCCGGCCUCGAACCCGAGCGCGCCACCCUCGACUCGCAGCUGCAGCGACACAGCGCGCACAUCCUGGAGACGCAGGCUGCGCUGGCGCGCGCACAGGCGGAGGAGGAGGGCCGAGCCGGCGUCAGCAACCCGGCCGAGGUGCGGCGCUGGACGGGGCUGCGCACCAUCGUGGAAGCCCGCUCGCUCCUCAAGUCCCUCUUCCGCGUCGCCGCCGGCCACAAGGCGCAGGUGUACGAGGCGGGCAACGCUCUGGUGGAGGCGAGAGAGGAGGCGGAGCUGCUGCGGCUGCACUUGGAGCUCGCGCAACAGGAGGAGGCCGCCGCCAAGCGCGCUCUGGCCGAAGCCCAAGCCGCCCUGGCCGCCGCGCUCGCCGCCCCGGACGAUGACAUCGACGACGAGGCCCAGUCUGCCGCCCAGGACGACGUGGACGCGGAGGCAGAGUCUCUGAUGGAGGAGCUGGAGGGUAUUGGCUCGCUAGAAGGAGUGAGCGGCAGCCCGCUGCUGGAGUCUCUCAACGAGGAGGCCCGGCUGGGCGCUGGUGCCAGGUCCGACCUGCUUGCCAGAUACGAGGACGCCUCUGCAGAGAGCCUGGAGAGCGCCAGCAGCGACGGCUCAAUUGCCGAUGACUCAGCGGAUGACGGGGACUCGGACGAGAGUGAUGACUAUGAGUGGGACCCGUCCCUGGCGACCCCCGCGGCCGGUGUUCGGCGUCGCGUGCGCAGCGGCAGCCGCCGCUGCAGCCGCUCCUCGGAGCGAUGCGCGACGGCCGUCCGCGAGUCGCGCGAGGAGCCCGUUCUUCUCGCCCUCAACGCCGAACGCCGCCGCGCUGGGGCAGAACCACUCGUCAAGCUGACGGUGCGCGCUGAAUACUCAAGAUGUAGAAUAUGCACUUUCAGCGAACCCCCAUUUUGCAAGAAGUGUUGCCCAGAUGGCAUGUAA